CAAGUGUUUUUCGUCGUGGACUCUCCGUGUGGCACGAGAGAAAAAGAAAAGAGAAGAAAGCGGAGCUUUGGUGUGCGUAUGGCUUGGAUCGUAGUCAUUGUCGUCUCUUUCGUUUGAGUGAGCGAACCAGGGAACGCGUCACGAAACUUCGAUCGAAAAUUGCGUUCCACGCUGCGCGCGCUUUGCGCCGGUGACCCUGACAUUCGACGGACGAGAGCGGCUCGACAUAUUUGCCCGAACGUAUCGGUUAGAGAAUCAUCGUCGUUCGAAAUUGUUAAUUGAAAGUGUCCGAGAUCUUUGUUGAUUAUAUACGCAUUUUUCGUGCGGAUAAUUGCGUCGUUCGAAGAAACAAAUCGUCAACAAAGACUUCACUGAAUCUACCGCGACGUGGCGUCGCGGAACCACGCUGACCUUGACUUUGGUACACGAAACACAUCACGCCACAACUGAAGAAAAUAGUUUUAGAAAUCGAAUCGCAGCCAUUGUUUAUAGUGAUAUCUCAAGCUCGUGCCUGGAGUGACCGUUGUUUUUAUACGCCGUUCUUGUGUCGAAACAAACAUCGAAUGAUACUUUAUCUGGGCAUCUUUUCAAAUAUCGCCAAUUGACGCAGCACAGUUUUCUCGUUAUCGCCCGCCUUUUUUCUCGAGUACCAAACAUAUCCGCUGCGUGUCUCUGCAAUUUACUACGCGCCACUUGGCGAAACAUCGAACCAGUCAUUGAAUGGGUGUGUGUGUGACAACACAGCAAAGACGCGGGAAUUGUGUAAAGAUGAAAGAAUAGAAAAUAACCAUACGUGAAGCGUUGUGUAACGAAGCAAGUCUCGCGAUUGGUCGAUUGUCUAUAUAGCUGUGUCAUUUACCUAAUUUCUCCGAGUUGUUUACCGACACAAGAAGACACAUCGGUGUGUGGUUCGCGGUGAACCAAUUGCAAGAAACGGCGAAAAACAUAAGGGUGUGUUUGACACCGAUCCGGGAAGAGGAAGUGAUGGCACCACGGCGUCACGCAAACGGCCACGCUGGUGUAUUGAUGGAGAACGGUGGAGGAGGAGCCGGUGGCGGUGGUAUACACGACACGAUGGAGAACAACCUGCUAACACAGAAUCAAACGACUCGUUGCUGUACGCCUACCGGUGAAUGCCUCCGAGGCGAUGCUUUAAUUCGCUUAAACGCUCUACAUGACGCGGUCAAGGUGACGUGCAACAACGAUAGUUGCCCGGUCGGUCAGUUCAUGCAUCGCGAGUGUUUCGACGCCUGGGAGCAGACCGUACUCACCUAUUUGAAGAGUUGUGGACGCGCCCGUAGCUGGUCCGAACGACAGCGCCAUCAAAAUCUGUGGACGAAAAAGGGUUACGACCUGGCGUUCAAAGCGUGCGGUUGUCGAUGCGGUCGUGGACAUUUGAAGAAAGAUUUGGAUUGGAUGCCACCAGGAACAGGGAACGCGCCUGGAAAUCGACAAGAUGAGAACGAAGCGAAGAAGAAGAAACGACGUAAUCGACAGAAUACCAGGCCUACGUUAGCUGUUUCGGCCGGACCUCCGAGCCACGGCAAUCACGUUUCGACGAAUGGUCGUGGUACUACCGAGGCUCAGUUGAUCGAAUCUGGUCGUGGAAGGGCUGGUUCCCUGUCAUCUAGCACCGGUUCGAGUUCACCACCGGCAACCAGCGAGCCCAGUGUUAGCCCUCUUCAUCAACCGCAGGUUAUGAUGAAGAAGAAGAGCAAAGUUGAUUUCUUCAGUGAUCGAGCUCGGCAAAGCUGCGGUGCGAAUGGAAUCUUCUCUCGUCGCCUGGACUUCAGCGCCUUCAACAGCCUGCCGCGCACUAAACUCAACUCGUAUCACAUAAAGAUGGAAGACGAGGGCAAUCACGGCAAUGACGACACCAGAUGCUUCAUCCUGUCCACUCUCGCGGCGCUUCAGUGGUCCAGAGUGUCCUGCGUCCUUUGUCGGGCGCCUAUGCUCGUUUUCGACAGGUAUCCAUUGGUGGACGGCACUUUCUUCUUGUCACCGAGGCAGCACUCGUCCGCCUGUGCAGAGGUUAAAGUGGAAGGUCGCACGCAGUUCUUGUCCGCUGUUUGUAUGAGUUGCCUGGAGGGCAGUGGCGGCCAGCCUGUACGUUGUCGUUGCUGUACUCAACCUUGGGAUGGAUCUAGCUUGGUCCUUGGCACCAUGUACAGCUACGAUAUCUUUGCUGCUAUGCCCUGUUGCACCGAGAGACUCAAGUGCAACAGCUGCCAGAAGCCGCUCAUCUACCCGCACCAGCGGCUCAACUUCUACUCGGACUAUAGCCGCGUGUUCGCGUGCCCGCAUUGCCGUGCCGUCGACGCCCAUUUCGUGAAACCGCUCUCGGUCUGCUUCACCCGCGACCAAUUCCAGCUCUACAGCCAGUGGCCGUAACCAUUAGGGAACUUAGCUAACCGACGUCAUCGAAUCACCGCGACUGAACCGUGUCCCCUCUUCUUCGAUCCACUCAUCUCCCUGCUCCGGGCGACCUUGCUCUAGAUCCUUCCAACGCAUCGUUUUUUCAUUCUUUCUUCUAAUACGAUAAUUAUAUAUAUAUAAACACACACACACACGGACACAGAUACAGACACACACGUACACAUACACAUAUA